AUGGAGUUUGCCGUUUCCACUUCCGCUCUGCUGAUUGUGCCAGUUGUGCUUCACUAUGUCUACUCGCUGCUCUUGCGGUACUCUAGUGUAAGACGGAGUCAACAGUGUCAGACUACUACGCUCCCCGAUGGCCCGGUCAAAAAUAAAUUCUUUGGCUUUGAGUUCAUCUACAACAUCAUCUUCGGCAAGAGCGACGAAGACUACCUCGCCUCCACGUGCAGACUGUUCAAGCAGUUUGGCUCGACCUACUCCAUGAAGAGCUGCGUCUGGCAAACCAUUUUUACCAGCGACAGCAGGAACAUCAAGAGCGUACUUGCCACGUCGUUUUCUGACUUUGAGCUGCCCAAGAUGCGUCUCGAUGCCAUCUCUACGCUUCUGGGAACCGGCAUCUUCAGCGUCAACGGUGUCUCUUGGUCACACGCGAGGACGCUGCUGCGGCCCUGCUUUGCCAACAGAGACAAGUCCGCCGUCACUACAAUGCUGGAAAGCCACUUCCGAAGCUUUCUCCGUCACGUCCCGCAGAAAGGAGAGGAGGUGGACUUGCAGCCCCUGUACUUUGCCCUGACCAUGGACUUUGCCACUGAGUUCCUGACGUCCAAGUCCUCCCACAUGUUGGACGAGACAAGGUCACACGACAAGGAGUGGCAGUUCUUCGAGGACUACACUACCUGCUCGGAAGAAGUCAUCAAGAAGAUGUGUCUCGGCCCUCUGCAAGUCUUCCGCCUCAACCGCGCCGUGGACAAGGCCAAGAAGCGCGUCUUCAAGUACAUGGACGACUUUAUCGACGCUGCCCUGCAGCAGAGCGCCAGCGAACCGAACAAAUCGUCACUAUCGGAGCACAACGUGCUGACCAAGCUGGCCGGGGUGACGCCGGACCGAAAGUUCCUGCGCGACCAGAUGCUGCACCUUCUGGUCGCCAGCCGCGACACCACGGCCAGCCUGCUCUGCAACCUUUUCUUCAUGCUGGCUAGAAACCCCGCCGCGUACGAGAGGGUGAGAGCGGAGGUGCUGUCCGUCUGCGGCGACGAAGCCGCCACGCCACCCUCGCCAGAGCAGCUGAAGCAGAUGGAGUACCUUCGCUGGUGCAUUCAAGAGUCACUGCGCCUGCACCCUGUGAUACCCACCAACGCGCGCGAGGCCACGCGCGACACGACGCUGCCGGUUGGCGGCGGCGAAGACGGCGAGGCGCCGCUGAAGGUCAGGAAAGGCACGUUGGUCGUCUACAACGUCUUUGCGAUGCACCGGGACCGGGCCGUCUUUGGCGCCGACGCGGACGAGUUCCGGCCCGAGCGGUGGGCAGGCGGCCUGCGUCCCGGCUGGGGAUAUCUGCCGUUCAACGGCGGGCCGCGCAUCUGCCUCGGUCAGCAAGUUGCGCUGCUGGAGACGCAGUACCUGGUGGCGCGCAUGGCGCAGACCUUUCGGGCCGUGGAGUCGCGGGAGAGUCGCGACUGGGAAGAGCUUUUUGCCCUGGCAACGACUUGUAGACACGGGGUCAAGGUCAAGAUGGAAUGGGCGUGA